CGCUCAGUUUGAGACGCAGGCGAGAAUCGCCGAGGAAGCCACCGAGAGGCUUCGAAACGAGGCGACGCUGCGCACCAAAAUGGAGGACGCGCACAGACGGGAGAUCGCCCGCCUCAGGGAGAUGCACGCGUCGGAGCUGGCCGGCGUGAGGGGUGACCUCGCGCUGAGGGCGAGGAUGGCCUCCUCGAGAGACGGUCGAGACGGAGGACGAAGCCCCGCACACCCAUUCGAGGGACGCGCGGGGGGCCCAAUCGGGGACGACGCCGGGGCUUCGGGGGCGGGCACCGGGCACCCCCACGAACCGGCGUCGCGGUCCCACGAUCGCCCCGGGGUCCCCACCGCGCGCGCGAUCGCCGAGCUUGAGAGGAACGAGGGUCGCAUGCGCCCCUCGGAGAGGGUCGACGCGAAGGUUCGCGGCUGGAACGUUCCCGACGCCGUCGGGGUUGGGGUCGACCCGAGCGAGGGGACCAUUGAAUGGGACGCGACGCGACCGCCCGGGAGGGACACCCCGACCGGAGGAACCGGGACCGGGACGCAGCAGAGCCAGUGGCAAGGCACGCAGCGCAAGUACGCCCCGUCGGAGACUGGCAGCGAGCGAAGCGGGCGGAGCCGGGCGGGAACCGCGGCGCAGGUUGCCGCGGCGCUGCGCGGGGGCGGCGCGACGGCGGUCGAAGCGCUGCUGCGGAACGGCGACUUUGACCCGGUGGACGGCGCCCGGAUCGGUGCGUUCCCCGGGCAGGGAAGCGUCCCGCGUCCGAGCAAGUCGAGCCGCACGAUGACCGUGGCGCAGCUGGUCGUCCGCGGGUUCACCCGAGCGGAGGCUGCGGAGUCGCUCGACGCGCUGGGCGACGACGUGGACGUCGACACGGCGCACGAGUGGCUGACGGACCGCGACUUGACGGGCGGGCUCGCGACGUGAGUGAGACUCGGGCGGCGAGCGAGUGAGACGGGAGACGCGCGAGUCGCGAUGGGAUAUUUGAAAUACGAAUGGACCAACACGUU